UGUUCUCCACUUGCUCUCAGCGCUCACUAGACGCGAUACGACUUGGCGCCAUGGCUACCUCCACGACACCUUACGCUUAUGAGAUCUUUGACUCGCUGCCAUACUUUGACAAGGACCUGGAGACCUUGCCCGAGUUGCGGGACAAGGUCGACUCUGAGAUCGCAAAAGAAAUGGGCAAGAGGGAUGUCAUCCACCCCAAAGUACCGCCUGAAUUCGAACUUUUCAAGGGGAAGCCUUUGCUGAAGGCAGAACUUACGCGCAUAGAAUCCCACAAACCGUUCCCCUCCCUCGACACGCUGCGUUAUCAACUUCCUGCACCAACAUCCAUGCCUGCUACCGAUGAGGAGUGGAAGAAGGCCCUUGACAAUGCUCACGCACAACUUGAACACCAACGAACGCGGCAAACAAACGUUUCGUUGUUACAGACGUACGGCGCAAACGCAUGGAGAAUACACAACUACCUUCUUGAGACUACGGCAAAGAACGCUGAGAAGGCUUUGGAGGAGUUGAAGGAGCAGAUCACUGAGGUGAACCGCGAGCGCAAGAACACACAGACCAAGCUUGGAGAACAAAUCACAUCUCUAGAGCAUCGCUACGUCGAGUUAAUCUCGAGUGUGUUGCAGAUCGAGAUGGCAAACGUCGCGCUCGAGGCGGAAAUCGAGCGGUUAACGACCCGGGAAAUCGAGCUUAGCGGCGGUGCUUGAUAGCGUUGUGGCGCUACUGUUUUUUCCUUGCCAUAUUCUAGCCACAUCUUGGCGCACAUGCUAGCUUGCCUGCCAGGCUAUAUUGCAAUGCAUCCACAGCACCUGGCAUAUGUUACUUCGGUAUCCCUCUUCAUAUGGCUGGACGGGUGUAUAGCAAGAAUCAGAUGCCCAGUGAUACUCAGAUACUUGGCCCGUAUCUGAACGUUACUUGCUCAUCUAACAAGGGCACGGUCAAGUUGAUGUUUAGCU